AUGGCUCCCUCUAUUGUUCACAGUCAUCACAAUGCAGGAGAUUGUAUUUUAUGGUGUUUUUGCCUGUUUCCCACUUAUUGUUUCAACUAUAUUUUAUUACCAGAUUCAGACACCUCCCAUCUUAUAGUCAACUUCAGUUCAUACUAUGAUGGAUACACCGAUCUUCCAAACCCGACCGACUUUGUUGUGGAUGAGAGCACCCUACUUUGUCCACCCAUCCCUAUAGCUGAUGCAGUCAACAUCUCAUUCUGCGUCAUCUACGUGAUCAUUUUUCUGGUGGCCGUACCUGGAAAUCUGAUUGUGGGCUGUGUGAUCUGUUCAAACAGACGAUCACUUUCUUCGUCGGAUGUCUACUUAUUUAACCUGAUGUUAGCCGACACUCUAUUAGCUCUAAUCUUGCCUUUCUCUGCGGUAUCCGUAGUGCACGGCUGGGUGUUUGGGGAUUUCAUAUGCAAACUGGUUUCCCUGGUGAAAGAAAUAAACUUUUACACCAGCAUCUUGUUUUUGGUGUGCAUCAGUGUGGAUCGCUAUAUGCUCAUCGUGCGCGCUAUGGAAUCCCAGAAUGCUCAGCGGCGACUGUGCAGCGGUGUCGCGUGCGCAGUGGUGUGGUUUUUUGGUGGCGUGCUUUCCUUGCCCUCGCUUUACAAUGAGGCAUAUUUUUCCACAACUGGCAAAGAGACCGUAUGUGCCGAACGCUUUAAGGUAGACAGUGCCGACGAAUGGCGACUGUCCACACGUAUCAUAAGGCACCUGCUCGGCUUUAUACUCCCUCUAGUGGUCAUGUUGACGUGCUACAGCGUGACAGUAGCGCGGCUUUUGCGUACGCGGUGUUUCCAGAAGCAGAGGGCCAUGAAAGUGAUAGUUGCUGUGGUCGUGGCUUUUCUCUUGUGCUGGACCCCUUUUCACGUUACCACGAUGGUCGACACGCUGUUGAGGGCCAAAGCCGUUCAAUUCAGUUGCUACACACGGACCUCCGUGGAUGUUGGCGUGUUUGCUACACAAAACCUGGGACUCGUGCACUGCUGUAUAAACCCGGUGCUUUACGCUUUUGUGGGAGAGACAUUUCGAAGGCGACUUAUGCAAAUGCUUCAAAGGCAACAAGUUCUAGGUCUUCUUCUCUGGCAUCUGAAUUCACUUCUAACUUCCUGUGAGCUUCGAUCAUGCAAUGGACAUCAAUGUAUGUAA